CAACAAACCACUGCAUUUCUUUCGUACAGAAGUGAGUGCAUGUCAUUUAAGUAGUGUCACUGCGUGAUUUGGGGUGCGUGGAUCCGGAGUAGGAAUUUUGAAUACCACCUAGGGCGCCCGACGUCAGCAUCUUACAAAAGAAACCAUGACAAUACUUGCAGUUGUUCCCUACUCUUUCGGCUGGGACAGAUGAAUUGUCACAGUAAGCAACUGAACUGAAGAUGGACCACGCGGCACGCCAACCUGGAAAUGAAUCUAUGAGGUGAGCAGUCUUUGCGUAGCAAUCCUGCCACCGCAGUUGUCAAGAUGUCGAGCUUCUUGAUUGAGACGCUCCGGGUGACGAAGACCCUGACCCAGUCCCUCGGCGCGACUACGGAUAGCAUCUAUGAUGUCUUGGAUCCUGAGAAGGAGCAAUUUGGCACUGUUGUUGUGUUUCGCCACACGUACUCACGGUUCUACAUACUUCUUUGCAUUUGGUGAGGAAGAAGAACAAAAAGAGAUGAACAUUUUGACUCUUGAACUUUCGCCUACCCUGGAUUGAUUUAUUUUGAUCCUAUGACAACAUGAUCUUUUUCCCCUUGAUACCCGGGCCGCUGCGGCAGUUUCUGAACCGACUGAAUUCCAUGUCGGACGCUAUGGUCCGGAAGACGAUUCAGCAGUCGUACGCGUUUUUGCCGCACACCGCGAAGAAUUCAGAGACCGCGAAAAACUUCGAGAUGUUUGUGUUGUCCGCCCGCAGUGCCGUGAAUGCGCUGACGGAUAGUGCGAGCGAGCAAACUUUGAAAGCGACGAUGCAGCAAGUGGCUGACCACGCAAACGAAAGCAUGCAGAUCAUUGACCGCGAAAAGUUCAAGGUACUGGGUCCGGACGACCACAUAUCCUGUGUAAAAACGUCUCCACCCCAUAGGAAAUCUGCUAGACAAGUCAACAAGCUUCAGUUGCUGCGCAUGACAAGUUUGGCCGUGUAGGGUAAUAAUCCUGUUGAGCUUGUUCAGCAACAUCACAGAUGUAGCAUAUAAUGCCGAUUGGAGCAUGACAAGUUCCAAAAUGCGACUAGAUAAUGCUUCUCAUGGGGCUCUUAGCAGGUAGAUUUGCAUUACAUUUACAACUACGGGAUGGGGACGUGUUUACAUAGAAUACCACAACUGGGCGACCAUCAAGGUCCUCGACGAUAUUUGGAAGCGAAAUUUGGAGUUGGGUCGAAUCGAAGACCUGCAGGACGUCGAGGGAGCAGACGUCCACGGUCUCGCACUGGGAGCAGGUGUAUAAACGAGUAGUUUUUGAUUUAUCCAUAAUCAACAGCCGAAUAGAGCAGGAAUAUUGUCUAGCAAGUAUAUCUAUGUUGAUUUCACAGCAGCAAUGAUAAUGAAACGACAUCGAGUGUCACCUUCACCCAUGCAUGUUACCUACUUUCGCGCCGCGGUAGUCCUCUGCAGAAGGUACUACGGCUGCUGAGAUGAGUUCCUAUGGGUAGAAGUUCAUUGAAAUUCGAAAAAAGACGCGACAACUUACUUUCCUGCAACACUCGUCCUACAGGGGCUUCCCGCCCCCGUUUUUCGCGCAAGGACGCCCGGGAAUUUGUGCGGGUCAUGAAGGAGGCGCGCAAGCAGCGUGGCGGCGAUUUUCUGUUGCAGAAGUAUGUGGAAAAUUUGCUCGAGGACGCGGCGUUUCAGCGGGUGUCGCACCUGCCCGUCGCUUUGGAAAGGAAGCUUUACUACGAUAUCACGCGGUCCGUGCUGCAGAUCUUGGAACUGGCGCUCACGAAACUGCACAACUUCGACAUCGUGGGACACAGUGUGCAAGUCGAGUUUUCUCUCGCCUCGCAAGCGGAGGCGGCCAAGACCGGCCAGCAUGUGGUAAGAAAUAGUCUAAUAGAUUCUUUGGCAAGCAAAGUACGAGCGCCGUACCAAAGAUAUGGGAUCAUACACCAGUAGGGGAGAACCAUUUACAAGCAUUUUUCGGGCGUUUUGCAUCAGGCGGACAAGAUGGAACAAAUGAGGAACGAUCAAAACGGAGUCUUCCUAAAAACAGACGAAGCCCCUGCGUCACUGGACGCGAAUCAAUGAAAGUCGCGUGGAGAUGGUGAUUCAGCAGAUCAUGCAAGACCACCGCGAUAUGCGCAAGUACGAGAAGCUGGUACCCAUCAUCGAGACGCAGUUCAUCACCACCGUGGCACAAGUCAGUAUGCGCCUGGUGACCGACCUCUUCUGCGACGAGCGGAUCAAGAUCCGCGUGCUCGGCCACAACCUGCGAUGGAAUUUCGAUCCCAUGAGCACAGACGCCAUAGAACGAAUGUUCCAGGUAAGCUUUUCUUCAUCUUGAUCUUAUAUGCCGGUGGCUUUGAUCAUAUUGAUGUUGAUGUACUUCUGUCGUAUACUAGCCUUCAUCUCGUCGUUGAAAAGAAGAUUCAUUUGUUACUGUGUUUUUUCGUCGCAAGUGAGCCGCGUGAACAUCAAUGAUGUCCACAGAACCGCACCAGCGAGCGUGCCCGGGUGAACACGGAGGCCAUUGCUUUGUUUGUUGAUGAAUUGCUGAAUGACGAGGAGUUGAACAUCCUUUGGCUUCCGGACGUGAUAGAGUCGGAGAUCUACAAGCACGCGCUGACCACGGUGAUUGCCAUGCUCGAGGACGUGCUCGCGAGUCUGGAGAUUACGGUGCUCGGACUACAGUUCCGGUUUUCGCUGAUCUCCGCCAUACUGAAGAACGACCCCUUCCGCGCCGUGAACAACAACCUGGCGAAUACCGCCAAGAUCGGCCCCGCCGAGGGGACCGCGGACGGGGGCGGUAAUUACAGUAGUAUGCCCGGCAAUACUAGUAGUGCCUUCGGUAGUACUACAUCAGGUGCAGCAAGAACGUCUGCGACAGGAGUGGAUUCAACAAGCGUACCUAUUGCUGCUGCUGGAACUGGUACAGCUACACCGGGUCAACAUCUUGAUCAUCUGGCAGCUGCUCCGGCCAGUCCCGCCUCCAACCCGCAGUUGACACUUUACACGACCCACGCGGAGCUGCAGGACCGGCUGAAAGCCAUCUACAAGGAGACCGCCCUCCUGGAGAACGCCUUGGCGGAAAAGACCGGCACCUUUCAAAAAUCUAAGGGCCGACAAGACACGACCAGGGCGGCUUUCUUUUCAGAAGGGCCUUUGGGGGACGAGGAGUUCGGACUGCGCAAAAAGCAGUCCGCCGUGUACGACCCGGCCACCGGGGAGAUUCUCGCACCCGCCGUGGAUCCAGAAGAGCAACCGUCCUCCGAAGUACAAAAUGUUUCUUCCUCCUUGGCCGACCGCAGCAAACUCGAGUUCCAGAAGCUGGCUGCGCAGGAGUCGAAGCUCGCGCGGUUCCUGCAGGUGCGGACAACGUUGAAGGACAUCGACAUCGGGAUCGUGUACGACAUGAUGAAGGAUGUGGAGACGUACCCCACCUGGAUGCCGAUGUGCACGAAGGGCACGAAACUGUCCGACCAGCAGGUUUUGGUGGGGUUCGGUAUCGACACGAAGACGCUGCUGGGCACCCUCGGCGACGACGUCAAGUACGACCUGGUGCUGUCCCCGCCGGCAAGAAGUAGUAGCACUUCUUCCGGCUUGAGAACAAGUAGUUCUACUUCAUCCGAAGAAGUAGAUGUGGGCGGUGCGCCGGAUCAGGUUGUAUCUGCGUCGUCUUCCAAGAAGACGAAUCACGACCUCGAAGCGCGCGUGGUGUCCGACACGGGAAAGAAUGGGUUUGCGUACGGGGACCGGUUGGUGUAUGACUGGGUGUUUUUCUCCUCGGGGGAAACCCGGGAGACCGAAGUCGCCCUCAACUUGUUUCUCCAGGUGAACUCGGUGCUGUACCUCCCGAUCUGGGACGCCUUGCAAAAAGUGCUCACCGACCAGAUGCUGCAAGCCUUCGAGAAAGAAGCAGAAAGGAGGAGUGCUGCUGCAAAAAGAAGUGCUGCAUCGUCUACAGAAGGUACUGCUAGUAAGGGGGCGUCCAAGGACUUUGUAUCAUCUGAAGUUGAAGAAACCGAACGUGCUGUAUCAAGCGCGGGGAUGAAAGAGGAUGCGGCAAGUGUUGUUGCAGAGACAAGAGGCAGUACAGAAGGAGAAGCACAGGUGGAGUCUUCCACACAGAAGAAAGACACGUCGGCCACUGAUGGGUCAGACCACUUGCCGACGGACGGCCUGAAGGAACCUAGUAGCGGCACGAAGAAGAAGGCACCGGCAAAGAAUGCUAAGGCCGCUCAGGGAAACAAAAAGACGAUCAAAUGAAGGACGGACACUUUUUCUAGAGUAGAGCUUGAUUCUGAUUGAUCAUUCAGCACAGACAUCUAGAGUUCUUUUGCUAGCUUAUCAGACCUCACUCAGCCGACCGCUACUUCCCAUACUGCGGUUGUAUUGCUCUUCGUUCCUGAUGUUCAUGACGCUAGUGUGCUGCGUGGCUUCGCGGAAUGCAGCCAGCUCCGUGCUGAUGGUGAUCACAAAGGUGUCACCCCGGAGGGCGGAACCGACCUGGUUAAAAAGUGUGUGUCAAAGUAUCGCACUGGUAAGCGAAG